AUGGCUGCCAAAGCUACGAAGAAGAAGAAGGUGAAGCAGCAGCAGCAGGUGAAGAAGGAGCAGGCAAAGCCUAAGGAAGCUAAACAGCAGCUCCAGCAAAAGGAGGUGCCCGUCUGGCGGUACAUGAACAACAAGAACUACGGCAAGCACUACCUCUAUCACGAGACACGGGAGAGCAGGGCCAGGAAGGAGGCGGAGAAUAAGGAAAAGGAAAAAGAAGUUCAGCAAAAGAAUGAGCUGCAGCAGCAACAGCCAAAGGUGCCCAGCUCCAAAGAAGUUUUGCCUGGGAAGAAAAAGGAAAAUGAGGUCGAUAAGAAAAAGUCUCCGAAUAAAAAAGUGGACUUACCUCAGCAGACGAGCACCUCCUCCUCAAAAAAGGUAGAAAUAGCCGAGGCCAAGCAAAAUCAGCAGCCAAAUGAGAUGGCAAAGGAAGAGCCCAAAGUUUCCGUAGAAACUCCCAAAUCUGACCAGAGUGCUGCUCCAAAGCCAAAGAUGAAACCACCACCGGAAAUGGACAAAAUGCAGCAGCCCGGUGCUGCCGUCUUCAUUCCCGACUCCAUUGCCGUGGUCAUCGGCUCCAACGCUGAAGAAGGAGGUGAAGAGGGCUCGAGGGUGCAGUUUGUGGAGAUUGAGGAGCCGAGGAGCUCCAAAGAAGAAAAGACCACCUUUGCCGUGGUGAGCGAAAACUCCGCCGCCGUGGCCGGCGAACUGGGCGGCCUUCUCCAACAAGUUAAAAGGGAGAUGGAAAAAGAAGAGGAGGAGGAAAAGGUUAAAAGCCGCCAGAAACAGGUUGGCCAGUGGCUGCUGGAGAAGAUGAGGAUGAUGGGAAAGGGGCGUGAGCACCAGGAAAAGCAGCAGCAGCCCCAGCAAAACACCACUUCAUCCCUCUUGGACAAGGUGCAAGACCUUCUGAAGGAGUACCAGCUGGAGGAGGUGGCCGAAGCCCUUCAGAAGGGCAAAGAACGCCUGAAACCUCACCUCGAGAAGACGGCUCAAAAUUUGGCCAUCUCGGCGGAGCUGGUCAAGCGGAAG